CAUCUUGUGACGUCGACACAUCUAGCGGAUCCGAUCUAGCAUCUACCGCUCACCGCUGAGGCCUACAUUAGGAACUGCUUCCGGCCUCAACCUUUCUCUUUUCCUCUGCAUCGGGACGCAGCCAUGGUGAACGUCCCGAAGACCCGCAGGACCUACUGCAAAAAGUGCAAGAAGCACCAGCCUCACAAAGUUACCCAGUACAAGAAGGGAAAGGACUCCCUCUAUGCACAGGGUAAGAGGAGAUACGACAGAAAGCAGAGUGGUUAUGGUGGACAGACAAAGCCAAUUUUCAGGAAGAAGGCUAAGACCACAAAGAAGAUUGUGCUGAGGCUUGAGUGUGUAGAGCCCAACUGCAGAUCCAAGAGAAUGCUGGCUAUCAAGAGAUGCAAGCACUUCGAGUUGGGUGGUGACAAGAAGAGAAAGGGCCAGGUCAUCCAGUUCUAAACUGUGGGCUAGUCUUCUGGAGAAGUUGUCACGAUUUUCAAUAAAUGUAUUAAAACAUACUUUAGCCCUUU